AUGCUUGUUGGAAAUGAAUCCUCGCUGCUUAAGUGCAUCCCGUGUGGAAAGACUCAUGAGGGUACUUGCUGGCAAGGACAAAAAGUUUGUUUCACAUGUGGCAAGCCAGGUCACCUUAUCAAGAGGCGCGUUUCCAACACGGAGCGAGCUGCAGGUAUACAAAAUGUCUCAGUAUGUCGCAUAGAAAGGAUAGCUGAAUCGACAUCUAAGAACUUCGAGAAGAUUCGUGUGGACCACGAGGCAAAGAAAGUCAAAGAAUCUGAGGCCAAGGGAAACAGUGGUUCCACUUCCUGGAGGGACAGGAAGUUUGGAGGCAAAGGUAAAGGGGAGCAGCUACAGGUCAAACAACUGUGCAACAAAUUUAAGAGGUCUACUACUCUGGCAGACAACUUUGCUAGACCUUUGAUUUUCCCGAAGUGUAUAGGUUGCGGAAAGGAACAUUUGGGACGAUGUACUACUGGAGAGUUGCUAUGUUACAAAUGUGGGAAGAGUGGCCAUAUAGCCAAAGAUUGUUAUACUUUGGUUGCUAGGGCUGCAACAGUUCAGACGGCCUCUCUUCAGAUGUUUCCUGCACCACCAGAGACUAACUGA